AAAUCCUCGCCAGUCAUCAGAUUCGCCACAUUCCGCCUACAACGAGGAACGAAUUAUGAUGGUUGUCGGCGGAGUGCAAGCGGCGCAGGGCACCGUUUCCUGCGUGCGGCGCAACUCCGCUCAAGCGCGUCGGCGCGGUCACGUGCAUCCGGCUCUUCCGGUACUAUGCUGGAGACAUGUACAAUCACGCUCACUCCGAACGCCGACGGCACCUAUCAAGAAGUCAAGUCUUGCACGCUCGCUGCUGUGUCUGGCACCGCCGCCGCUGCAGCAGCCACAUCUGAUCCUGUUGUCGUAGUUGGCGAAUCGUCCAUCGCGUCCACGGCCGUCGUUACUUCUGCAGCCGCUUCGGCGACUGCAACUACAUCCGUGGCUGGUGACAUCAACAACGAUGCUAACGGAGACUCUGCUGGGUCUGCCUCGGCCAGCUCGACCGCGUCGGCGAGCGCCGCCUCCGUUUCGAAAACCGCAGAGUCGGACGCGUCGACAGCGAUCGCAAUCCCGGGGAGACAUAUUCUGAUCAUCCCGGUCGGGCUAGUUAUCUUCUGCGUGCUGACGGGCAUUAUGCUCCUCGUGAUCUUCUUCAUGCACUUUGAGCGCAUGAAGUACCGCCGGGCCUUCAGGAAGCGCAGGCUUGCGGAGCAGGGCGCUCCGAUGGGCUAUGGCGGCAUGGGAAAGUACUAAGGACGUGAAUCUCUGACGCGCAGUUUCGAUUGUCGUCAAGCAUACUUCGUCGUCAGGAUACGGCUCUUUCUUUAU